AUGCUGAUGUCUCAUACUUCGGGUUCCUCGCUCAAUCCGUGUCACUGGGCCCCGGUUCGUAAGGAACUGCUUUUUGCUACAAUCAUUUUGGGCUCUUGCGCUACCGGUUCCCUGGGGCCGUUGCUCGUUCCAGGCUUUGUCUUGGUAGCAGCAGAUCUCCAGGUGGAUCUAACCAGCGUCACACUCUUGAAUGGUAGUCUGGUAAUGGCGCUGGGUGUGAGCGCCUAUGUCUGCUCCUGUUUCGCCACAUGUUUCGGCAAGCGACCAGUGUAUCUGUCCACGGCGAUGCUUGUGCUAGUCUCCUGCUGCUGGGCUGCGGCUUCGAAGUCGUAUUCCUCGCUAAUUGCAUCUCGUGUGUUUCAAGGGUUGGGUAUGGGUGGUUUCUUUGCCCUGGCCGGCACUUCCUCUAUCAACGAUGUCUUUCUCGUGCAUGAACGCGGCCUGCGUGUUGGUCUCUGGAAUUUCGCCGUUAUUACCUCCGUGAACGUCACCCCUGUCAUCAGUGGUUAUGUCAUUUCGAGUCUGUCUUGGCGAUGGUGCUUUUGGCUCGAGGCAAUUCUCUUUGGCGUGCUUCUCGCGGCCGUGAUCUUCUGUUUUCCCGAGACCACUGUUUUCCACGAUGACCAUGUGAGUCCUGCUGUGGACGGCACACCUGACAACGAAUCUCUCAGCCAAAAGGAAAUGUCUCCAGUCGGAUCAUCCCACGAAGUAGGUGGUCUGACAACAUCACAAUUCUCGGACGAAAAGGAGAAAUGCUCCUUCCCCAUCCCCCGUCAGCGACAGCAGACCAACCUCCUAAUCGCCCUAGUGGAACCCCUUAUCCUAAUCAUCCACCCGAUCAUAGCCUGGGGUUGUAUCAUGUGGGCCGUGACCUUCACCUGGACAAUUCUUCUUGGAGCAGUGGCGUCACAGGUCUUCACCGCAGCGCCCUUCAACAUGACCACUGUUGCGGUGGGCAAUCUCACUGGAAUCGCCCCCCUGAUCGGGUCAGCUCUAGGAACGGUCCUGGGGGGAUGGCUUUGCGAUUGGAGUAGCCGAGUCUUGUCGGCACGGAACAACAACAUCUAUGAGCCCGAAUUUCGUCUUCCGGUGAUCCUGAUCGCCACGGUGGCCAUGGCAGCUGGCGCCUUUGGCCUCGCUGCUGCAACCACGCAUGGCUCAUCCAUCAUCAUCUGCGGUGUUACCAUGGCCAUUCUGAACUUUGCCGUCGGUAUGGGCUGUACUGGGAUUGUGGCGUAUACAAACGAUGUCUGUGGCGACAGAGCCGGUGAUGGAUUUGGAUUAGCCAUGAUUGUCAAAAGCGCCUUUGCUUUCGGUCUCAGUUUUGUUUACAAUCAGUUUCUUACUCGAAGUGGUCCGAUGGUGUUGUUUUCCACCUUUGGUGCUGUCAGUCUUGGUGUCAUGUUGACCACCAUCCCGCUAUAUUUUUAUGGAAAGAGAAUCCGCGCUUGGUCGGAGACUCAUGAUCUUCUUCAUCGCGGAAGAUAG